AUGUCCACGACCUCGGACUCAUCCGCCGCGCCUACCCCGCCCAUCCCCGCCCUCGCCCUCUUCUCCCUCCACGGGUCCGUCGCCCUCGUCACAGGCGCCGCCCGCGGCAUCGGCCAGGCCGCAGCCAUCGCACUCGCGGAGGCCAGCGCGGACGUCGUCUGUGUUUUGCGCCGCACCUCCUCGUCUGAGAGCACCGGCGAGCACACCGACGUCGACCAUAGAGUCGUUCCUCCGUCUCGUCGUAAGGCGGAGGAAGGUACCAAGCCCGGUGCGGGAGUUGGUGGGAAAGUAGACGACUCGGAAGGUGCCAUUAGAGAAGGAGGUGGAGAAGGAGGAGGAGAGGGAGAAGGAGGUGUGAAGGAGAAGGAAAAGACGCAAGACACGAUCGCCGCGCUCGGCGUGCGGGCGUACGUCGUGUACGCCGACCUCGAGGAUAUGGCGGACGUGAAGACCGUGUGGCCGCGUGCGCUGGCCCUUCUUGGCCGUGAGCGCGACGGCGAGAGUGGGGAGGGUGGGGAGGGCGAGGGUGUGGAGGGCGCGGGAGGAGAGGAUGGGGAGGGGGCACAGGGACAGCCCCGCAUCCACAUCCUCGUCAACUGCGCCGGCGUGCAGCGGCGCCACCCGAGCGUCGCGUUCCCCGAGGCGGACUGGGAUACCGUCCUCGACGUGAACCUCAAGGCGUGCUUCCUCCUCGCGCAGGCCGCGGGGCGCCACUUCCUCUCCUUCGACGCGACCAGCGGGAGCGGCGGCGGCGGGUACGGAAGGGGGGGCAAGAUCAUCAAUUUCUGCUCGCUGCUGAGCUACCAGGGCGGGUUUACGGUCCCCGCAUACGCCGCGUCCAAGGGCGCGCUGAUGCAGCUCACGAAGGCGCUCUCGAACGAGUGGGCACACGCGAACGUGCAGGUCAACGGCGUCAGCCCGGGGUAUGUGCGCACGGAUAUGUGA